AUGUACCAUAAAAACGGAUUUAAAGAAGCAGAUGAUAUCUUCCGCAAGAUUCUUGAAGAUGGACACGAGUUCGGUGGUGAAGCGUAUUAUUAUAGAGCUUGUAUGAGAAUGAGAAACUUCGAUGGAGUUCGAAAAGAAAUCCAAUCGUUGAAGUUAACACAAGAGCUUGCGUUCAAAGAGAAUAUCGAUGAAGCAAUUGAAUACUUUUACAAAGCACGAACAUUGUUUCUUCGUCGUUUGCAACGAAAACACAAUGAAGCAGCCAUUGUUACUCAAAUGAUGGAGAAAUUGCCGGUCAACAGCUCAAAAUCAUCGGGAUAUGCAUCGCAGCUGAAAUCUGCCACAACUUAUAUACAAUUAAUAUUGACUAAUAUCGAUUAUCUUCUUGGCGCGCCAUGUCACCCAACAAUGUUCGCAGAUAACGAGAUUAGCGAAGCAUAUUCGAAAGAAAUUCAUGAUUCAUUGUGUCGACAAGGCUUGGUUAGUCCAGUUGUCCUUACCGGUCGAUCAGCGGACAAUUGGCAACUCGAGACUUUCCGUCGAAAGUACAAAUUGCACCGAAAACAAAUCGAAACUUUGAUAGAUGAAAUCUCCAAAGAUCCGACAUCGCUCGCAUUCAAUGACUACAUUGUUCUUGACCGAUCGAGUCUUCUGGAUAAAUGUCCUUUAUCAACGAAAAGUGACUUUUGGUUCGAAUUAAAGGUACAACAAACCCUUUACAACGCAGAUGUUUAUUUGAUGAUUAUUGAUCAAUCAGUGUUAAGUAAAGAACUUCUGGAAAAGUUCAAACAACUAAAACCAUACUCAUUGACGGAUCCUAAGCAGGUCAAGACUCUAUUGCGGUACUCUGACGAGACAAAAAUGGAUCAGAUGUACAAGUUGCGUGAUGUUGAAGCUCUGCUUGAAAAGAAUGAAACGUUGAAAAGUGAAAUCUACCAACAUGUAGACAAAGGAAAACUAAAAUUAGAUAAAUUGGCAAAUAUUUUAAUCAUUCCUGAGCGAAUGUCAUAUUUUUCGGAUUUUGAUGGUGUGACAAUCGAUGAUAUCAAAGAAUAUUUCCAUGUUGAUGAUGACGGCGUGAAGUGGAUUAUGAGUAUUUUACAACAGAAUGAAAUUCUUAAACUUCAAACAGUACAAAUGACACGAUUGACCAGUGAUCAGAAUACCUGGCAGAGAUUAGUAAGAAGUCAUUUGGAAAAAGACGCAAAACCGCCUGCAGAAAGCGAUCGAAUCGAAUUGAAACUACUCUAUCAAAAUGCUGGUAGACUUCAGCAGAUUAAAGAUCAUCGAAAAUUAGUGAAUGUGACCGAAGAAGUCAUAGCUGCAUAUUGCGAAGUUCCAUCGAAACCCGACAAAGAAGAAACAAUCAAAAGAUUCUAUACUUAUCUAACAGAAAACAAGAUAUUAGAACCUUACCAUUACAAGAUUUGGCGAUUGAAUUCCAAACUAGAUUGUUCAUCACUUCCAUUGUGUAUCGCUGAUCAAAUGGAUGAAUUUUUGUCUGAUCGAUUUGCGUAUACCUUUGCUCUGGAGAAUAUCUGUAUUUCAUUGGAAAAAGCCAAUAAAGAUCCUUCGGCAGGUCCAGCACGUAUCUUUCUACCGGAAAAUCCAUUCGGUGAAGUAUUCGACGAUUUCAUCAAUUGUGGACUUGCAAUGCCAUCAAGAAUCUGUGUUUCUUCACAGUAUAUGGAUGAUAUUGACUAUGAGGAUUUUCGUCAUGCCGAAACGAUCAAAUCGAUUGUUCACUCGAAUCGAUUGAAAUUGUACGAUCAAACGGAUUAUCAUAUGGAAAUGACUCCAUUUGCAACUUAUGUUCUUGAUCAAGGUUUUCCAAUUGAUUCCGAUUUACGGAACAUUAUUAGCAAUGGAUUGAAAGUGGUUGUGUCGCGCAAGAAAGAAACAGCUGGUCCAUGGCUAUUGAACAAAGUCAUCGCUGGCGCUGCUUAUUGUUGGAAAGCAAUCAAAUCAGCUGUAAAUGCUGUGCUUUCGUUUGGUUACUCUGUCGUUCAAUUUACUCUUCAACUUCCAGGAAAGAUAUACAACAAGAUAGCUGAUUUUGCAGCACCGUAUGUAAAACAAGCAGGUGAAAUGAUUUAUCGAAUAGCUGAGCCACUUUUGAAUACGAAAGUAGGCAAAGCAGCAGUGGCAACUAUGCAGUUUGCUAAGGAAGCUGUCGUUGAAGGUGUUUAUAAAACAGUUGAAGGCGCAGAAUGGCUCAUUGACAAAGGAAGUCAAGCGGUAAAUUAUGUUGCGAAAAAAGCGACCGAAGCAGUGAAUUGGUUGGGAGAAACAGGUGUUGUCAAGAGUGGAAUUGAGUUAGCGAAUCAAUUCGGAUCAUGGGUUUCGUCAACAGCGAUAUGGAAAUCAGCAGCUGAGAUGGCAACGUUCAUUUACACGAAAAUGAGCAAUUUUUGUACAGCUGCUUCGGAAAGUUAUCAUUAUUACAACCAAUGCCGAACAAUGGCCCGACGAAUUGCUAUAGAAAAAUACGAACUUACUGAUGAAUAUACAAUUUUGAGAACAUUUCAUGAUAUAUCUCGAGAAGAAGCAAAAAACAAUGCGAAUAAUCUGAAUACAGACGAAGUGAGUUACCNUGAGAUGGCAACGUUCAUUUACACGAAAAUGAGCAAUUUUUGUACAGCUGCUUCGGAAAGUUAUCAUUAUUACAACCAAUGCCGAACAAUGGCCCGACGAAUUGCUAUAGAAAAAUACGAACUUACUGAUGAAUAUACAAUUUUGAGAACAUUUCAUGAUAUAUCUCGAGAAGAAGCAAAAAACAAUGCGAAUAAUCUGAAUACAGACGAACUUAUUCGUAAGAAUAUCGAAUCUUGGCGAAUACCUUUAGUGGAAUCAUUGAUGUCGACUGUUCAGGCUAAACUUCAACCAUUGUCCAAUGAUAAAUAUACAAUUGAGUUUGUCAAAUCAUCAUUGAACAAAAGUUUUGCAGUGAAAGAUCUUGAAAGCGAAAUCAAUAGUUUAAUCAACUUUUUCGCAUGGAAAAAGCAAAUCUUAUACUUUCAAACAAUUCAAGCAGCUUUCCGAACGGAAACGUCAUUGGAAAAAAUCCAAUUCUCGCCAGUUGAAGGAGUUCCAAAGGAAAUCCAAUUCUUUGUUGUUGAUGGCGUUGAUCAAGUUUUGGAAGAUCUGCAAAAACGAAUGACUGAUGAAGGUUACAAAUCAGAAGAUAACGAUAAUGAAAUCUUCAUUGAUUCAGGUGAAUACCGAAAUUGGAAAGAUAUUCUCCAAGCAGUCAUACAGAAAUUCGUCGCAAACGCAGUUAAUUCAAUGUUUAUUUCCAAAACCAUCUCCAUUAUUCUGAAUUACAUUGCAAGUUUACGCGAUGUAACCACUCCGUCGUCAGAAGCAGAGCUGAAUUUCAAUCAAGAUGAUAAAAAUCUUAAACAAGCACUUCUCGAAUACAAAGCUACAAAUCAAUCAAAACGAAAAACACAAUUCUUAAUUUCAGAAUUACAUUCGAUUAUCGACAAAGUCGUUACAAAUGGAGAUCCUCGUCAACAUAAGAAGAUCCUUCAAACGGCUAUCAAAUAUGGUUAUCCACUUCCUCUUUCAGCAGCACCAUUCAUUGCAAUUGCUAUGGAUAAAUACUUAACGAAAUCAGGAAUAUACAAGGCUGGCAUUGAUCUUCAAAUAAAGGACAACGAAGGAAAAUUUCUAGUGGAGUUCAAAACCAGAAGAGAAGAAACCUAUAGCAAUAAUUUAAACAAAGGAAAAGUUUAUAUGCGACAAUUUAAUGGAUCAGUUUUUCUUUGUCAAUCGGAUUACCGUGCUUGUAUUGGAAUGUUGGAUCAAAUGCAUGACGAAGUCGAUCAAUCUUUCUUUUAUGAAGCUUUUACAGGAUAUUUAAAAAAUUCGCUGAAAUUUCCUCGACAAGCAGAAAGUUUACGGGAGGGAAUUUUGGAGGAAAUCGAACUUUUAUGA